AUGUAUAGCACAUUAGCACCUCCUAUCGAAACUGCUAAAAUGAAGAAGCAAAAUGGUGAUUCGAAAAAAAACACCAAGAAGGUCAAGACCCCAUCCCAAUCUGUGUUGGAGAAGAUAAGCGACUUUACGAAGCGGAAGAGGACACCCGUCAAGAGGAGGAAAUUAUCUGACAUCUUCGCAUCUCUCGAUAGACAAGCUACCAUCAAUCAGCAAUCCGUCGUCCUCCCACCAAAGAGCAAUGGAAAAGAGCCAAAAAAGCGACGAGGACGCCCCAACAAGUCAGCACUUAAGCAAAGUAUGAUCAAGAAAACUUCGAGCUUGACAUGCGAAGGAAGCGUUGAUUGUGGUGUGGAUCAAAGUAAAGAACCUUCUCCUGAUGAUGGAGGUGGAUCAAAUAGAUCUGAUCAGCUCCGGCCCCUAGUAUCCUUGUUUCCUCAACGACGCCGAGCGAAGUCCCCAUCAUCCAUAAAUAUGGGGAGUUGCAUCACAAAUUACAAAGGGAAAGAGAUUGCCGAUGAUGAGACUGAUAAUGAUGACAAUGUUGCAGUUGCUGAUGACCACAUAAAUUCAUUUGAAGAAGAUGUAGUCAUUUGGGAUUUGUAUGGAGAAAGGAACAACCUGUCGACGGAUAGGACGAGCUGUAACUCGACAUGGAUGAUGCAGGGUGGUGCCACCACAUUACCACCACAACCACGUAAUGAUAAGGUGGUUAAAAUCCAAGAGCCACCCAAAUUACUGCUAACUUCGAAUGCACUUGAUGAAAUGCAGCAGCAGCUCCAACCAUCGUCAGAGGGUGGUCACGGUCAUCUGAAGUCGGCGGCAGUCCAUGAUCCAUCAGAGUUCCGACUUGAGAAUUGUGUAGAAUCUUUAUAUGGGAAAGAGUUUUUCUUGAAGAGAGAACCACCAGUUAUUGGUCUACAUACAGCAAUGAUGGUUAUUGCCCAGAAUCCACAUUGCCAUGAUGCCCUUAAAGCUUUAAUCAACACUACUACACGGUUGCAAUCACCGUUGCCGACGGACCCUACAACCAUGAUCACCACCAAUCCUAUUCAUAACCACCAGUUUCCGUCACCACCUCCAGCUGAUGAAGUAGGACUCAACCCGAAUCUCUUAUUCCAGAGCUACUCAUGGGCUCCGACCAACGCCAACCCAAACCUGUUUGUCUGGCCAGACAUGUACGGGAGAGUUCAAGAUCCGCCGGCUGACGCAAUGCUACCCCAGCAGCACCACCAAGUGCCGCCACAGAUGUUCAUGCCGAUGACAGUGCUGCCACAGUUCCCACCUCAGAUGAUGAUGUUCGGAUUCCCUAACUUUACUGGAAAGUAUCUACAGGGUGACCCCGGAUCAUCUAGCAAUGGUGCUUCCAUGUCCGGGAAUAGUGGAUACCCUGGUCCUCCACCGUCAGGCGUUUGA